CAAAAGUCAAAUGUUGUCUAACGAUUGGGCACGGCAGGCUCGUCACGCGAUCGCGACACACCAACCCAGCUCCUGGUUGUCAUUAAAAUGUUUGUUGUUUCAUUAUAAAAUUACUGUAAAUAUUAAAUAUGUUCUCGUAAAUAGAACAUCGUUCCGAAUCAUGUCUGUGCUAAUAAAUAUCUACAACAAUGCUGGACAAAAAUGUGUCAGUAAAUCGCGGGCGCUCUUAUUGCUUAAGCCGCACACGCAAUGCCUGCAAACGCGGGCUGCGUAGCAAAUUGCGUAGCGAGCAGUCCUCUCGCAUCGCUCCGCAUCACAGGGCAGGGUGAGAUCGCGCGGAAGCGAAGGUUGCGCCCAUGACCGCGCCCGCGCCCGCCCGGCUUCAUCGUCAGUCUCGUGCCGCACUCGCUGCUUCUCGGACCUCGGACCCGUGGAUUUUAAAGAGCCGUGUUCUCGAUCGACAUCAGUGAUGUAUCUGUGAACUGAUCAUGUGCAGACGAGUGUGUGUUGUGGAUAAGAGAGUGCGCGAGCGGCGCAGACCCGCGCGCCCGUAGCCCGCCAUGUGGAUACUGCUGAUGCUCCUCCUUGCGCUGGUCGCGCCCGGCGGAGGAGCCUCCUUCGCCCCCAACAAAGAACUCCUAGAAUGUGCAAGCCAGAUCCUAUACAUAGACCAAUACGCGUAUCAGCUACCAACCAACUACAGCAGAAACAUUCCGCCUGGCAAAAAUACUACAGUAUACAUAGGUAUAAAUGUAAACCGAGUGUCUGGUGUCGACGAGAAUAAAGAGGAGAUAACGUUAGAUGUUUUCCUACAAGUGUCGUGGGAAGAGUUACGAUUAAACGUGCCACCUGGCAUGGCGUUCAUAGACCUGCCAUGGGAGUUCCGCCAGCUGAUCUGGACCCCAGAUUUGUAUAUUUGGCAGUUGCAGACUAUGAGGAUCCUCUCAGUACUGCAAGAAAUGGCCUCCUUAAGGCUAUACGCAAACCGCACCGUCUCAGUCAGUAUUGGUGCUACAAUAACAAUAAAGUGCGAGAUGGACUUCGUUCUUUACCCAUUAGACGUACAGAACUGUGCGAUAGACUUCAGUAGUUAUAAAUACACCACAGAAGACGUCCGCUUCGAGUGGCGAGAGGUCGCACCGUGGUUCGGGCUGGGCGGCGAGCAACGUCACGAGUUCCGGCUGCCCAAAUACGUGGUCACAUUCGUUACUGAUAAAAGUAAUCAUAUUCGAAAUUUUGGUGAAGGUGAACAUUCAGCAGCACGUUUACAAAUUAAAUUAUCAAGAGAACUGCGCGGGUAUCUCCUAGAGAGCUACCUCCCGUCAUCGUUGUUCGUCAUAAUCUCCUGGGGAAGUUUCUGCGUUAUCCCAGAAAUCGUUCCUGGACGCAUGGUCCUGCUGGUCACUACGCUGCUUUCGUUGGUCACGAUGUUCGAUACUGUGAGCACGAACUCACCUGACGCGCUAGAAUUGAAGUGUAUAGAAGUCUGGCUGAUCUCAUGCACGAUAUUCGUAUUCCUCGCUCUGCUGGAGUACUUCGUGGUCCUCUUCGGUAUCCGAUACGACAAGAGCUGGAGCCGCCGGAGGCAGGACCUUCGACGAGCAGCUUCUGCAGCACAACUUGCACCACCCUUACAUAUGAAUCAUUCACAGAGGCUUAGCACGCCGGUGACCGGAACACCGCAAGGCGGCGUUUUUUCUCCACAACUUAGUGUCGAAGAUGAAGGCCUCAAACAACAGUUCUCACAUCAAACUAUUCAAAGGGACUCGCCAAUUUUGGAGGCCAUGCCCCGAACUGGUUCAGCAAAUACCCUGUGGUCGAGGAUAGCCGCAGCGGCCGACCGCGGCGUCAUGUUCUGCGGCGCGCAGCACGGAGCCCUCGACAGAUACGCUCUCAUGGUCUUUCCCAUGUGCUUCAUACUCUUCACAGUAAUCUACUGGACCACGUACCUCAGUGAGGCGCACCGAGCGCUGCAUGGGUGACAUAGGUUCAUGGACCAAUAGUGCUAUCGUUAAUUGCAUAUCAAGAUUGUGAACAGUGCCUACUAAGCAAAGUUGUGAUUGUACAUAUUGGAAUUCUGCUUUAGCAAAAUGACGUAAAUAUAUUAAUUGGUACGUAGUACCUACCAUUUUAAAUCGUCCAUAAAAUUGUAAGUUCUGUAAGCUAAAGAAUGUUUAUCUCCCAAAAUGUAAAUAUUCGAUACCUGUAAUAUUUAUAAUAAAUUAAGUUUUAUUUUUUAA